AUGCUGGCAAAUAUAGGAUACGGAACCUUCAUCCUUUUUGCCUGUUUCAAUAUCAUUGCAAUACCUGCAGUGUAUUUCAUUUACCCUGAGACCAAUGGCCGCUCUCUUGAAGAAAUGAACCUACUCUUCGCUUCCCAUUCACUUCUGGUUAGUGCCAACAAGCGCGAGUAUGACAGAAUGCUCAGUGAGGCUGGUGGUAACAUCGCCGUCGCCGAACGUCGCCUGUUUGACAGCGUCGACGCCGAAGCCAAAGAGAUUGAUGACAGGGUCGACACCUUGAGUACUGGCGAAAAGGAAAUGGCAGAGUGCUCCGAGGCUAAGGUAUCGGCCUCAGAGAAGUAG